AUGAAAGCCAAAGAAAGAUCCAGCAUAGCAAGUCUUGAAAAGUCCUUGAUGGAAAGUGAUAGUGAGAUAGAAGGAGAAGUUGAACAAGGCCAAGAGAAGGAAUUGGCUGAAAAUGAAGCCAUCAUAGCUGAACAGACAUUCUUAGUCGAAAAGACAACAGGAGCAGAACACAAACGAAUUGCUUCGAAGGAACCCACCAGCACUGAGGUACCAAAGUGCAGUAUGGAGGAUGCCUUCCAAGCUUUAGAGCAGAUCCAUAUAGAAGGAGAGCAAUCGCAGCUAGUGGUGCAGUUUGGCUUAUUCCCUCCAGUGCCAGCUAGGUUCCAACCAAGGAUAAAGAACGUGCUGAUUGCGUCCGACGCGUCGGCUCUAAAAGAUCCGGCUAUGGCCUUGAGUAUGGCUUCCUCAAUUUCCCUGUUGGCUGACAGGACGGCUUUUUGUGCAGAGCCUGAUCUGUUGUCAAUAGCAUUAGCAGUUCAAUCGGCCAUAUUGACGGUGGGUAGGAUAGCCGAGAUCGGCCACCGCCAACAUGAUGCCAUUAAGCAGAUCGGCUUUUUGAAAGCCGAAAUUGAGAAUGAGAAAAGCAAGACGAUGGGCAGGAUAGCCGAGAUCGGCCGCCGCCAACAUGAUGCCAUUGAGCAGAUCGGAUUUUUGGAAGCCAAAAUUGAGAAUGAGAAGAGCAACGCCGUGGAGGCCUCUCAAAUAGCCGAGUUCGAGGCGGCGACAACGGUAGAUGAGCGCGUAAGAGUUGACGCCGAGAAAAAAAAGGCGAAGAGUUCUGACCAGCUCAGAUUGCCCCCCGAGGAAAGGGAAAACACGGUUGAAUAUGCGCUCAAGUUAGCCAAGGAGGUGAUUACCAAACUGGAAGCCGACUUGGAAGAAUCGAAGAAGGCGAAGGAAAUAGCCGACUCUGAGAUUUCCAAAGCGUUCGAAGCUACGGUGGGUAGGAUAGCCGAGAUCGGCCACCGCCAACAUGAUGCCAUUAAGCAGAUCGGCUUUUUGAAAGCCGAAAUUGAGAAUGAGAAAAGCAAGACGAUGGGCAGGAUAGCCGAGAUCGGCCGCCGCCAACAUGAUGCCAUUGAGCAGAUCGGAUUUUUGGAAGCCAAAAUUGAGAAUGAGAAGAGCAACGCUGUGGAGGCCUCUCAAAGAGCCGAGUUCGAGGCGGCGACAACGGCAGAUGAGCGCUUAGCCAAGGAGGUGAUUACCAAACUGGAAGCCGACUUGGAAGAAUCGAAGAAGGCGAAGGAAAUAGCCGACUCUGAGAUUUCCAAAGCGUUCGAAGCUGGGAAGGAUGCCGCCUUGGAGAACUAUGUGGAGGAAGUCCCCAAAUUCGAGAAUCGGGGCUUCAAACACGGUUGGUUCAAAGCCCUCACUGCCACUAAUGUGACAUUGGCCCAGCCGAUUCCAUACAAGCAGGUGGACGUGAAGCCGCUGGAGUUUGACCCCAAAGAUUGA